AUGGCCGUCGCUGAUACCAAAGGCAAGGCUGGAACCGGGCCAGCCCAUGCUAAUGGCAAGUUAUUAAACGGCCAAACAAAGAGUCGCAGAGCGGCGCCCAAGCAACGGCGCGGCUUCUUCGCCUGGGCCUUGAAUUGUAUCGCACGACUUACCACAUGGGCUGCCAUCCUCACGAUUCUCUUCCGGUGUCCGCCGUCUUUCGAAGCCUGCGGUGAUGACUCACCUUUGAUCUGCAAGCCAUACUUCCGGGUCAAGAACGUUGUCGCGCCGCAUGUUCAGCCGCUGUUCGACGAGUACGCGGCACCUUAUGCGCAAGUCGUCAGACCUUAUUGCGACACUUUAAAUAACCGCAUCCUGACCCCCACGCGGCGCUAUGCUGUUUUGUAUACUACCCCAUUGGUUAACAGGGGGCAGGCGUAUGCACGCGCCCAGUGGGUGCGCAAUGGACAACCUCGAUUGCUUCGACUUCAGACACAGAUCAAAUCAAAUUACGACAAGUCGGUAGCACCGUACCUGGACAAGGCAGGCGAGGUUGUCGGCCCGUAUUACAACCUCGCACAGAAGCAUUCGGUGCAAGUCUACAGUGCCUACCUUCUCCCUGGCUAUGAGCUUGCCCGUCCGUAUGCGGUGCGUGGUUAUGAUGCGGCAGCCGAAUUUGCAACCAGCACAGCACUCCCUGCCACUUACUGGGCUGGGGCCAAGGCAAAUGCUUUCUUAGACACCGCAGUCUGGCCACAAUUGCGUUUUGUCUAUGUGGAGAAUGUAGAGCCGCAGCUUGUCCGCAUUGGAGAACGUCUGGGUCGAUACAGGACCAAGUCCAACGUCACGAGCAAGGUCGCCACCACCAGCGAUCGCACCUUUGGAGCCUCGACUGGUUUAUCAAUCUCCUCAGCGUUUAGCAAACCCCCUCCUCAGAGUCCAUCCACCCUUGCGUCUUCAACCGGUGCCGAAAAACAAGAAGCCACUUCCACUCCGACGGCCGAGAACAAACCCGCAGAAUACUGGAACCCUGUCAAGGCCCCGCCAGCUACCGAGAACGAAAGCGAUAAGCGCAAAAAUGCUCGUGAAAUGGUUGCCAAUGACUUGGCAACCUGGCAGGAUAAGUUUGCUGCUCAAGCAGAAGAGGGUGCUGGCGCCAUGGAAGAUCAAGUACAUGAUAUUGCAAGAGCCAUAAUGGACGAGAACGCGAACAUGAAUGGAAAAGCGCUUCUCAAAGAACUCAAUGACACCAUCGCAUCCGAGAUGGCCAAAUUGAAGGAGAGCAUUCAAUCCAUCGUGAAAAAUGCUGGAUCCGAGGCACAACAGGAAUGUGUUGACGCUAUCCGAACUGCCGGGGUUGCAAUUAAGAAGAAAGCUCAGGUGAUUCGCGGUUGGCGAGAAGACUAUGAUUCCGAACUUCAAGACACCGUGCUUAAUGCCGCCGACGUCUAUUUCCAGAUUCUCGACGAGACGCGCAACCUGGCCUUACAGAAUAUUGGCAUGAAGUGGGCCUGGACAGACGGCGUUACCUACAAGGACUGGCAAAAGUACCACGAACUGAAAAAGACGCUGAGCAGCUGGACGGAGGAAUUGAAGCAGCUGAUUGUGACUCAUCCCGCACUUCUUGAGGCCCAGGAGCUUUCCCACCAAAUAGAAGAGAACGGAAUGAGCUUGGCGUCCGCUGCAGCCAAGGAACUGGCCAGAUUGAAGCAAGUUUCCAGCUGGAAGAUUAAGGCCCACGAUGCCACAGAAAAUUUCGAUUCCGACGCAAUGCGAUCGGCUGCUGAUGCUGCUGAGAGGGUGAGAGCAGAGGCAAUUCUAGCUGCCGAGGAGGAGAAGUUGAAAGACGCGGUUGCCGAAGGGGCUGAGCGAGAUGCUAAACCGAACAUUGAGCCAAUCGUCGAGCCAGGGAUUGGGGAAGAAAUUGCCAGCGAGGCAGCGGCGGAUGAAACAGCCAUAGUCCUGGAGCCGUUGACGGUGAAGGAUGAUGUUCUCGACAACACUCCAAUCAUCAUUGCCGAGCCCACUGUCCACAAAGCCGACGCUGAGCCUGAAGAAAGCCCCAUCAUUCUGGGCAAUGCCCCUAGCGAACCGAGGGUCGCAUCGCAACCGAAGCCGAACACGCCGGAAAACGAGGCUGCAGCAAGUGAUUUUGAAGAAUCGGGGGCCGGGGAAGCUCAAGAACAACUGAGAUCCGUGACGCCAGCCAUUUUUGGAGCGGCUGCUCAGUCAGUGGCGGAUAGAAGCCCCAUCCUAGACGACGAUGGUGACUCUGACACCCUUGCGGACAUGGCCAGGGCAGCCCAAGCAGCAUACUCUGACGCUGUGGCCUUGGCUGCUGACCAGUAUUCUAGCGCUCUCUCGGUCGUCUCGGCGCAGAUUCAGGGCACCUCGAAACCAGUCCAUGAACAGCUCUUUUCAUCCGUUUCCGCUGCCUACGGCAGUGCCGUGUCUGCCGCGAGCCAGAAACUGAAUGACGCCGUUGCUGGCGGCUCGACUCCCACUCCUUCGCCGACAAGACCCAGCAAGCUGCCUGACUGGCAACGCGUGGAGUCAAUCGCGGCACAGCGGCUGAGAGAAGGUCGACUGUGGGCUGAGAUCCAAUAUCAGAGUGUGCUGAUUGCCCUCGGAGCUGCCACUGCGACUCCCACCUCGGCACCAGAAAAGUACUACGAGCAAGCCAAGUAUCACUACUACGCUGGACUGGGCUUGGCACAAGACAGGUACUCGAGCUUCAUGGCGGCAGCAUCAUCUGCAUGGUCGUCAGCCACCGCCUCCCCGACACCCACCGAUUUCGCAGGAUCUGCGUCCUCGAUGGCGUCAGUCGCUGGGAAAUCGGCCGCGGCCGCGGUCAGCGCAGCCGACGAGGCUGUCAAGUCUGCCUAUUCAGCGGCCACCGAAGGGGCCCUUUCGAUGGCGCAAGAUGCCCAAGACGCCAUUGAGAAGGUAGCGGAUGCGGCGGCUGAACAGAUGGUCGGCAUGGCCGGCUCACUCGUUGACACAUGGGACGCCGUCGUUUCCCAGAUCAGCGCUGAUGUCUACGGCCAGCCCUCAGCGCUGGGGUGGUACGAGGGUGCCACGCAAACGGCAGGCUCCGUGGCCGCGGCUGUCACCGGAGCCGUGGCCGACUCUGCGUCUGCGGCAUCAGACUCUGCAGCGAGGCAGUUUGACGCCGUCAACAGGAUUAUUUCAGAAUUAAUGGUCGGCAAAGAGCCGACUUUCAGCGAGAGCGUCAUGUCGAGGCUCAGCGCUGCCUACGCCACCGCGACGUCCAACGUCGGAAGCGUGGCCAGCGAAGCCAGCGUCGCGGCGGCCUCGGCGCGGAACAAGCUGAGCAGCGUGGCCAGCCAGGCGACAGGGGCUGUCAAGGAUUCGGCGCAAAAACUGCGGGAUGAGCUGUAA